GCAGCCGCUAGCCACUGCCCGAUCACAGCCAUCCCCACAGCCCCAACCAGGACGGUUCAGGCUGCAGAAAGGGGUGCCCCAAGAAGGCUUUGCAGCCAGCCUGCCCGAUGUCUGCCUGGGGGGCACUGUUUCUGCUCUGGGCUGCGGCGGAGGCCACCAAGGACUGCCCCGUGCCGUGCACCUGCCAGACCCUGGAAACCAUGGGGCUGUGGGUGGACUGCCGUAGCCGGGGGCUCACGGCCCUGCCCGCCCUGCCCGGCCGCACCCGCCACCUCCUGCUGGCCAACAACAGCCUGCGCUCGGUGCCCCCCGGCACCUUCGAUCACCUGCCCCAGCUGCAGACCCUAGACGCGACGCAGAACCCCUGGCACUGCGACUGCAGCCUCACCUACCUGCGCCUCUGGCUGGAGGAUCGCGCGCCCGAGGAAUUGCAGCUCGUCCGCUGCGCCAGCCCGGCCCGCGCCUCCCACCGCCCGCUGGCCCAGCUGACCGGCUUCGAGCUGGGCAACUGCGGCUGGCAGCUCCCGACGUCCUGGGCCGCCGACCCUGGCUUCUGGGGGGACGUGGCGCUGGUGGUCGUGGCCGUGCUGGGCCUGGCGCUGCUGGCUGGCCUGCUCUGCACCGUGGGAAAGCCCCUGGACUGAGCCUGACACCCCCAAAGCCGGCCCGGUCUUGAGGGUGCCUUCCUGUCCCCCUGCCAGGCCUGCCCCCCUCCCCCACCUGGGAGGAGGGUGCAGACUGUGCUGACAACAGAGGCCUGCCUCUGUCCCCCUUUUAGCUCUCCCCCUAAAAAACAGGGUUGGGGGAAGCGGGAUGGUAUUUGCUCUGAGAUGCCAUUUCCAGCACCCCUUGGUCAGCCCAAGUCCCCAGGCACCCCAAAUAAACCAGCUGCUCAGC